AUGGUGAACAGGAUCUUUUUCUGUUGUAUUCUCUUUGCUCAUGUAGUGGAUUCCACAAUUCAGAAUCACAAACCAUUCUGGCUAUCAGCGGAUAUAGAUAGUAUAGAAUGGCAAGAAGGAUGUUUAACAACCGUUUUGUGUUCACACCCUAGAUUUCAACUUCUCAAAGACCUGCUCCCAAUAUCUGAACGUGUCUCUAUUAGUUGGCCAGUCACUGAACAAUUUCUGGAGCACACAGUGGCUCCAUUCAUAUCGUAUUGGCCUACAGGAAGAAUAGAAGACGUUUCUUUAUCAGCUCAAGUCAUCGGAGUCGACACUACCUAUGGAUUCCCAAGAACAUGUGAUCAGACACCAGCAGUCAGAAUCUUUCCAGUUGACCUCUACGAACUGAAUCCAGAAAAUGCAGAAAACAAAACUAUCCAUUUGAAGGCAAAGUGUUUUGAAACCACAAUUACAGUUACGAAACACAUUGAGAGGUGCCCAUGGUGCCCGGAUCCACGAGAGGUUUUGAUUUCAAAUGAGAUCCCUCAACAGAUAAAUCUGCAACAAUCAGCACUAGAAUCUGGAAUUCAUUCGUUUGUUGGAAUGUUCUAUAAGUCUUCCACUUCUGAAUCUCUUCAAGUUGGAAUUUGUCUUCUGGCCGCUCUCGCCUUCUUCGCAUGUCUGGCAUUCUCUAUAAUGCUUGUAGUUUAUCUGAAAUCUACAAAGCCAUCAAGAAGAAAUGUGAGUGUGAAUGUUCAGCCACGUCUCAUCCCAUGUAACAGACGUUGCGACGAUUAUGACACAAGAUACGACAUGCCUUGGGAUCAACAGCGUCCACUCACGUAUUGGAUGUCAAAAUCUACAGUAACCUCUCCAACAUCAAUGAGAUCUGACGCAUAUCAAACUUAUCGAAUUCCACCACCACCAAACUUUUCUCCGCCAGUUUGA